GUUUGAUAUAUGCACUAAUCAUUGGCAAGUACUGCCGGCAAUGUCAGCUCACAGAUAUGGUGCCAGCGUUAUCGUAUACGAAGAAAAAAUCUACAUAUUCGGUGGAUUGGGCAUUGACUGUAUGCCUUUGAAUUCAGUUGAAUGUUAUGAUCCAAAAACCCGCAGUUGGACGACAUGCAGCAAUAUGAAUGGGGCGCGCGGUUGGCCUGGCAUUACCAUAUUAAAUGAAUUCAUAUUUCUUAUUGGUGGCUACAAUGAGGGCAUGUUAAAUACAGUGGAGCGCUACGACCCAAAACAGAAUAUAUGGCUCGAGGUCGCACCGUUAAGAGUAGCCCGCUUCGGCAUCUGCGCCAUCACUAUCGGCAAACGGAUAUGGGCGCUCGGCGGCCAUGAUGUAUAUACGGUGGAAGAAUAUAAUUUUGAAAAUAAUGAGUGGAACGAAAAACAGUCAUUACCAAUUUAUGGUCUACACAGCUAUGUGGAAGUGCCCAGUCAACUGGUUGAUAGAAUGCAAAGUAAAUUUUUGUGUAAAUCACUUUAAUUAUAUAUACGGUUUUAGCUUAUUAGCGCGCAGUGUGUGACGUGGACACGCAUUGAGGCGAUUUCAUUUGUCCACCGAGGCCACUCGUCGAUUUGGACUUUUUAUGAGGCUACUUGAGUGACCGUAUUUAUGAGAAUAAAUUUCACAGUUUGAAAAUCAUAAUCAAAAAUCAAAAUCAUAUGGUUUCUUUUCUUAGAAAUCGCAGCAUCAAAUUGAUGAGUUAAACUCAAAACUCUUUAUUUUACUCGUUUUUGAUAUUCUU